GGAACAAUAGAGAAAUGCGACCGAAAAAUUGACCUGGCGGUCGUUUUGGACGUUUCAGGGAGUAUAAAUGAUGAAAACAUAAGCCUUGCAAAGAAAUUCGCCAAAACACUUCUAAGACGAUUCAGAAUCUCCAGAGACAACGUUCGUGUAUCAUUUGUGGCGUACUCGGAGUCGGUGAAGAUAUAUUCCACGUUCGAGGACGACCAGGAGGAAGAAGGGCUUGAGCAAAAAGUGAACAAUAUGUUCUUUGAAGGAUCUUCCACAAAAACAAGGAAGGCUCUGAGUGUAUUAAACAAUCAACUGUUUGUUCAAAAGCAUGGCUCAAGAAUC